AUGAGUGUUUUAUUAUCCUUAUACUCAAGCUCAAACCUAAUCAAUAUUUCAAAACCAUACAGACACCAUCAUAACCUUCCACUUUUAAAUAAUCAUCAAAGACAACCUCUUAUAGUACAAUUUUCUGUCUCAUGCAGAGCCACAAACAAUGUUCCCAUUGAUCAUAAACUACUAGAUGAUGAUGAUGGAAACUUGUACAAGAUACUAUGCUUGAGUCAUAUAACUGCAACAAUGGAUGAGAUAAAAAGAGCAUAUAGAACAUUGGCUCUUCAAUAUCAUCCCGAUGUUUGUCAUGAUGGUUUGAAUAAAGAGGAAUCAGCGAGGAUGUUUAUAAAACUGAAUGAAGCUUAUAAGAUAUUGUCAAACCCAAAUCUUAAACAAGAGUAUGAUUCUAAAUUAUUGGGUUUGGGUGAUUUAAGAAGAAGUAGGUGGAUGGAACAAGUUGUUGAGUUGAAUAGAAGAUCUGAUACACGUAUGGGUGAUGCAUCAUCAUCAUGGGGUUGUAGAAUGAGAGCGAAGAACAAUAUCAACAAACAUAAUCAUAAGAUCUAG